CGCCAUCUUUCAGUCGGGAAAUCCGUGUAUUAUUGCGCUUUUUCGGGGAUCAGCAGCUCCUUGAGGCGCGUUCACCACAACCGACCCACAGAACCAUGAAUCUGUUCAGACUGACCGGAGAUCUGUCGCAUUUAGCGGCCAUCAUCAUCCUCCUGCUGAAGAUCUGGAAGAGCAGAUCCUGUGCAGGGAUAUCUGGAAAGAGUCAGAUUCUCUUCGCAUUGGUGUUCACCACUAGAUAUCUGGAUCUUCUGACCUCCUUCAUUUCCUUGUACAACACCAGCAUGAAGGUCAUCUAUAUCGCAUGUGCCUACGCUACAGUUUACCUGAUUUACGCUAAAUUCAAGGCAACAUAUGAUGGGAACCACGACACUUUCCGGGUGGAGUUUCUGGUGGUGCCGGUCGGAGGUCUGGCGUUUCUCGUCAACCACGACUUCUCUCCUCUGGAGAUCUUGUGGACGUUCUCCAUCUAUCUGGAGUCGGUGUCCAUCCUCCCGCAGCUCUUCAUGAUCAGUAAGACAGGAGAAGCGGAGACCAUCACCACUCAUUAUCUCUUCUUCUUGGGUCUGUACCGCGCGCUUUAUCUCUUCAACUGGAUCUGGCGCUUCUACUUCGAGGGUUUCUUCGACAUGAUCGCCAUCGUGGCCGGCGUGGUGCAGACCAUCCUCUACUGCGACUUCUUCUAUCUAUACGUCACCAAAGUGUUGAAAGGCAAAAAGCUGAGUCUGCCGGCGUAAGAGAGAAGUCAAUCAGGCUGGCGGUGCGGUGUGGGACGCGGGACCCCGAAAACCAGGACGAGGCCUGAGACGGAGGAAGAACCAGCAGAUCCAGAGCUGGAACAUCUGCAGGCCCCAACACAGAGUCCUGCUUUAUGCCUCUCGCCCUACCCUUUUUUAUUAUUCUGUAUAAAAGAAAACGUUUUCUACAUGAACCGUGUGCUGCGAUUGGACCGACGGCGUUGUAAGGGACUGAUUCUUCUACUGAUUUUGUUUAAGAGUAUUUCGGAAAAGAUUAAAGGAGCGUUUGUUGCUCUGUUGGAGAAAAGUGAAUGGGGAAAAGUUUUGGCCUCAAUUUCUUAAUGUUUUUGUUGAAGACGCUCAGUUCUGCUUGUUUAAUUAGGGUCGAACAGCACAAUCUUGAUGCCAUGAAAGAUGCAAAGAAUGAAAUUUGUACACAUAUUAGGAAUUAUGCCACUGUCUGUCGGCGUACAGUAUUGACACUGCCUUUAUCACUGUAAACCGCUUCUGAAGAACCAAAAAAUAAACCAAUCCAACGUUCUCA